CCAUCCCCCUGGUCCCUUUCUCUUCUCUCGCUAUUCCGGCCCAGGGAGAAACCCGCGAUGUGGGGCAGCCCCCUGCCUUAGCUGGUCCCCAGCGACCUCACAGAGGCCCGGCGGCGACGUAGCCGGACUGGCCGGCGGCUCAUCAGGCACCGCUCCGUCGAGGCAGGGCAAAGCGACUCGCAACCCGCCCGGCCAGCAACCAGCUCCUCUCUAGCAUUGCACAGUUCAUGAUGAAAAUCAACCUCAAGAGACAAGCAAAGAUGAGCCUGGUGGACAUAACCAAGAUUUUCUCCAUGCUCCAGCCCAGUGAAGAUGAAGAAGGCGAUGAAGAAAGACAGGAGCUGAAUCUCGCCGUCUCCCAGGACAACUACAGACUUCUGGACGAACUGUUGCGCCAAGAGAGAUACAGGCGGUUCAUCAACAGCAGGAGCGGCUGGGGGGUGCCAGGGACCCCGCUUCGCCUGGCGGCUUCAAAGGGCCAUGUGAGGUGUGUUAAGGUCCUCCUGGCCCAUGGAGCCGAAGUGGACAGCCUGGACGUGAAGGCCCAGACACCACUCUUCACAGCUGUCAACAACGGCCACCUCAACUGCGUGAUCGCCCUCUUGGAGGCAGGGGCCUGUCCUUCUGGCAGCAUCCACAACAAUUGCACCCCACUGCUCACGGCAGCAAGGGAAGGGGACAUUGACAUCCUUCAAGAACUUUUAGAACAUGGGGCAGAGGCCAACGUCAAAGCCAGAGUCCCAGAGUGGGCGGCCAACUCUGUUGCCUGCUCGGGCCCUUUGUACCUGUCCGCUGUCUAUGGGCACUUGGAGUGUUUCAAGAUGCUGCUACUCCAUGGUGCAGAUCCCAACUAUAACUGCACUGAUGAGAAGAUGAUCACCCGCAUUAAGCACCCAAAGAGUCUGCUGGAAAUCUGCUUGAGGCACGGAUGUGGAGCAGAAUUCGUCAAACUCCUGAUAGAUUUUGGAGCCAAUGUGUACCUACCGGGCAUUAUGCUCGAUAAGAUCUCAGUGAACUCUGAGAUGCUGGAUUUGUUGGCCAGAGAAAGAGCUGUCCCCAAAUCCUUGAUGUCGCAAUGCAGACUAGCAAUCAGGAAGUUCCUAAAACUGGCCAACCGUCCCUUUGCUGUGGAUCAACUGGAUAUCCCACUGUCGCUGCUGAACUACCUCAAACACCGGUCGUAACUGAAGAUCAAAGUUGGAACUGCCCAGGGUUACCAAGUAUUGUAACUGAUUAAGGAUAAAGCAAAAAAAGAACAUUCUAAGAAUAGAAAGAAGCGUGAUUUGGUGGCAUUGCUUAGAUUUAUUGUGUGUGCGUGUAAGUAUUGCCUAUGCUGCAUUAUGCAAGAACACUGUUUAUUUUUCUUUAAGCAGAAGUUGAUCAAGUGGAAUGAAAACUGAAAACCUCACCAUAUUCUGUAGAUAUAUUCUAGAUUAAACAACCUAUUUUGUUAUUAUUUUUAAAAGUACCUGGCCGAGGUGUUCUCGACCAGUCUUCCCCAAUCUGGUGCCCUUCAGCAGGGCGUCUUAAGCCCAUCCAGCGCCCCCCUCCAGAGCCUCUCCAAGGGCCCGGGAGUGCCAAGCGGACUGCGGCAGCAGCGGUAGGCCACCUCUGAGGACUCCGCGCUGUGCCUCCUUCUCGUUUCCCCAGCGCUCGGUUCCGCUUAGUGGAGCUUCGCCACCAGCGCAUGCAC